AUGCUCGAAGCAAACUCGUAUUCGGCGCCGCCAAGCCUCACAUUAGCGAUGGUGGAGGCGAAGGAAAAGGAGCUGGAGGAACGUCGCGAGAGCAUACGUAGACGACAGCGUAGUAUUGCCGCGGAGGUGGGACCACCGCCCAAUUUCCCUCCAGCGUUUUUAUGCAUCAGGCCACAGGUAUACCACAACAUCAAGGAGCAAGUACCCGUGCACUUACAGCGUUUUAUGUAUACUCUGUGCGCGUUGUAUAUAUGCUUAAUUGUAAUGAUUAUUUACAAUAUUGCGUGCGCUUUUGUGAAUUUUUUAAUGGGAGGAAGCACCAUGCAAUUUGCACUUUCUUUCCUGUAUCUUUUGGGAAUUCCCGGUGCAUUUGUUGUGUGGUACUACAAUGUUUACUGCGCGACGAAGGAUUCUUCGCAGUCUAGGAAAUUGCUGUCAUAUUUUGGGCUCCUUGUUGGUUUGAUUUUUGACGUAUGGAUGGCGGUCGGUUUGUCUGGUUUUGGUGGAUGUGGGUGGAUAAUAACACUGGGACUAACACAUAAAGCCCCUGUAUUUAUCCCCUUCUUGAUCUCCUCCAUUCUUUGGUCUCUGCAUGGAGCUAUUUUCUUUAUUAUGCUUUUGCGAUUCUGGCGUUAUCAAUCGCAUAGCGGGGGGUCACGUUAUGUGAGUAAUGAAAUGUAG